AUGUCAUGUGGCAAUGUAUCUUGUCCCGCUUAUUUAAAUGGACCUGCUGGUGCCACUUUUGCGGGUGUUGUGACGCAUCUUUUGGCAGCGCAAUGUCUCAUCACCGAAAAUUGGCCUGAAGACGCCUUCGACCGUAUCACAUAUGAAGAGUCGUUUGACUUUAUCAUCGUUGGGUCUGGAACUGCAGGUUCCAUUCUAGCUAAUAGAUUAACAGAAGUUGAAGACUGGAAGGUGUUAUUAAUAGAAGCAGGCGGGGAUCCUCCUCUAGAAAGCAUAAUUCCCAACUUUUCAGUUUCAAUACAGAGGAGUCGACACGCCUAUCAAUAUUACACUGAACAGGAGGACAAUAUUAACAAAGGGUGUGUAGACCGCAGAUCCUUCUGGCCUCGAGGACGAGUAAUCGGUGGAACAGGAAGCAUUAACGGUCUGCUCCAUAUGAAAGGAAGUGCCGGUGAUUAUGAACCUUGGCAUAUGGAAAAAGAAGAUGGGUGGGAUUGGCCCACAAUAAAAAAAUACUUCAAGAAAAGUGAGAGGGUAGUGGACCCCUUUAUUCUGAACAAUCCGGCUCUUCGAGAAAAUUAUGGAACUGAAGGAAAUUUUGUAGUCGAUCUAUUAAAUUUUACACACAGUCAUAUUGCAGAAAAAUUAACUGAAGGCUACAUGGAAUUGGGCUUGAAAUAUUUAGACGAUCUUAACGGUCCCACUCAAAUGGGUGUAGGAAAAAUAAGAGGUGGAAAUCAUAAAGGUUGUGAUGAAUUCGAAAUGGCCAGUGACGAUUAUUGGGAAUGCAUGGCCAGAACAAUCACUUUUAAUGUCUACCAUCCAGUGGGUACAACAAAAAUGGGUAAAGAGGGAGACCCGACCGCAGUGACUUCAAACCAGGACUCCUUGAAAGACUGCGCCCCAGCUGAUUGCGACGUUAAAUAUUCAGGAAAAAGACCUUUUUACAGCAUGCAAUUGCAUAAAUGUUUACCAGAAACAGUGUGCAUAGGCAACCCAGAUAAGGAGCUUCCGGAAGUAGCAUUUCGAAAUCCAGGCGAUACAUCGAAAUACUGUGACACACUCACAGACAAGCUGAAUUGUUUCAAGGGGAAACGAGAAGGAAAUGAAUACGCAGAGAGUAAAGAUACGCGGAACGCAUUGCUUCGGGAGGUUAUAAUCAAGAACUUACCCCUCGAACUCAGAAGCAGCGCAGUCGACAUAUGCGAAAGGAAGGAGGAAGGCGCCGUAUUUCAGCUGAAACAGUACGAGUAUCGUUAUCUAAGGUCCCAAGAGUACUCACUAUUUCGAUUCUGCGAUGACUUCGUGAAUCUGAUAUUAAGAUUUAUAGGACAAAUGGCCCCAAACUUCCCAGAGAACAUCGAGUUGUCGGGUUACGGUUUUGUCGAGAGCAAACGCACGUCCAAUGGACUGUUGAAAUUCUGUCUAGGG